AAUGAGAGUAUAGUUUCUGCAUGAAAGCGAUCAGUGCUACUUGUAGUACUUGGUUAUGAUAAAAAUUGUCUUUCAUGUGCAAGUCCAGUGUAUUCUGUUGAAGUUUACUUCUCUCGUCGAGUUUUAAUUUGAAUCGUUGAAUUUUCAAGUUGAAAAUGAAAUCUCUUCAAAGUGUGUAUUUGUACGCGUUCGUCUUAGCUUUAAUAUUGUGCCUACACAGUGAAUACUGGGUGUCUUCGCAAUCUUGUGAUACGUGGAGUUAUUUCACACUAGUAGAUUCUGGUACUAAUUACUCGUCAUGUAAUUAUUCUAACUUGGAAGGUGUACGAAUUCUUCCGGGAGUCGUAUCUGAACGUAAAUUUGGGCAGCAUUCUUAUUUAGGCGCUCUAGUGUUGCCUUCCGUAAAUCCAGUCGUAUGCGAAAUUGUUCUGAUAGAUCAACUAUGGGGCUUAGUGGCAGCUCAUUGCGCAGUAAAACUUCAAGCCAAGUUGAAUGAUACGUUUGUUCAAUUUGGCGAUGAUUCUUCGGAGAAAGUUAUAAUUAAUGGAACUCAGGUGUAUCCUGCAUACAUAGGACUUGACAGAAUUUUACCCCAUCCAGAAUUCGAUAAAAGUACUCGUAAAAAUGAUAUUGCACUCGUUCGUUUCAAGAAACCUGUUACCUAUUCAAAAUAUUUGAGUGCUGUAUGUCUACUGGUUGGAAACAAUACCCCUUCUGAUAGUUUUUAUGAAUCUCAAUCAGUGCUGUUUGUUGGAAUACGUAACUACACUCGUGAAAAGGUUACGUGGAAAGAUAAAUUGAUCAAUACUAUUGGAACGUCACAGUGCAGAAAAGAAAUCAACGAUGCAUUCAAUGAAGAGAUCGACAGUCGAGUCAUUUGCCUAGAAAAUGAACGAAGAGAGUGUUUCGGUGAAGAAAGUGGAAUUGCAUUACUUGUUAUGAAUAGUGUAGUUUAUUUAGGCGGAAUCUUAUCCCGCGCCUUUGAAUGUGGACUACACGAGAAAAUUUAUUUAUAUCCAGCUAUUUUCACGAAAACUGCGAGCUACAUGGAAUUUAUACGUAACACGACAGUGGUCUGAUAGGUGUUUUCGUCUACUGUAAUAUUUAUUAAUAGUAUCCAAUUAUCGUUGCUCAACUUAAGUAUUACUCAUAAUGACGUACGAUGUGUAUGAUUUCUGUACCUACUUAUAAUAUUACCAAUUAACUACUUAACUAUAUCCAUUCGCUCGAUUAACUAUUUUCAUGGCUCAUAUUAUCAACUGAUAAUAAAGAUUGAUAUUGAAAGAAA